CUUCAAAUUGUGUUGACAAGUCUAUUGGCAUGUUGUAGAGAGACAUCAAACUGAAGUGUUAACAAUGUAGCAGUGUGGGAGCUCCCGGUGUGGCCCUCUGAUGGUUUCAUUGGUAUUUGACGGCCCGCCCCUUUCCUCAUCCUCCGCGCUACUCCGCUCCACACACCCGGCGCACCAGCGGGACAGUCCGGCUGCACCACCGGCUCACUCUGACCACACGAACCUAAAACACAUUUCUAUUGGAAAGAUAAUUAAACUAGAGUCAACCUGUCUCCUAUUCCUCGUGCUGCAGUUUCCUUAGGAAUCAGAACCAGUGGAGCAGCCAACCAGGGGGCAGCAGCCAGGCCUUGCCCAAAAAGAGGCGUCCUACCGGGGUAAUGGAGGAGAUGAAGGAUUAGAGGAUAAUCCAGGGCCAUUUUAUCUGACGCCUGAGGGUGCUGGCUGGUAUCUGUGUAACUCAGCAAACAGAGGAGCAAGUACAAAGAAGGAUCACAGAGUGGAGGGAAGAGGAGUUCAGCGGGAUAGAAGCAUAUGUGCAGAUAAAAUGAGCUUUGCCUGGAGGGUCCAGAUACAUAAGAGGUUUCGGAGGGAGCGACCCCCUCUGAGCUGUGGUCAAAGGUCUUUAACGGGAUUACAGGCAAAGACAAAACACCAGAGCUUUCCAUGGUUCCACGGUGCGACCACAGAGCCGUUUGCAGCUGGACCUAUUUCUGAGCUGAUGUCGACAAAACCAAAGCCCAAGGCAAGCGGGGGAAACCAGGCGACCUGACCACACUCCAACUGGCCCGGGUGCUUCCAGGAACACAACUGCACAGUGUUCUCCUCAAUUUAUGUCUAACGUUUAAUUCAGCCAGCUAUGCAUAACAACGAGCUACAAAGAGUGGGACAGAGUUUGGCCUGCUCAUGAUAAACAGAGAUAAUAUUCCAGUGAACUAUUUGGCGCUGCGGGCCUGGAGUUCAACUUUUCAGGCUUAGAAAUUACGUGGUUUCAAGAUCUUGGAAUAACCUUUCAGAGAUAUUUUUUAGGUCCAUACUUUGGACUGCUGAACUGUCAAUGAUUUUGACACAAAUCUAGGAGGAGAAAAGUUGAACUUUGCUAGUUCAGUUUUGCCAUUCAGUGGGAUUAAGGGCAAUUCCAGACAUUGCUUCAGGUUGAUUUUCAAGAAAUAUCGAGCCAUUCACCUCUUGUAAUCAUGAAUCUUCAGGAAAAGCUGUCAGGCCUAAAAGGUCUGGUCUCGCACUCCCACAGCAAGCGUCGGUUUAAAGGCGACCUCACGUUGGACAUGAUCAGCCCUCCUCUGGGUGACUUCCGCCACACCAUGCACGUGGGUCGCGGCGGCGAUGUGUUCGGGGACACCUCCUUCCUCAGCAACCACGGCGGCACGGCCAAUGGGAAUAACGGGGAAACGGAUUCUAUCUCCACCCCUGACAACAAGAUCGGAGCGUUCUUCUCCAGGACUCUCCGUCAAAUCAGGAGGGGUUCUGACAACCGACCCAGAGGAGAAUCCAAGGAUCUUUCGCCGCCACCUCCCGCCGUUUCUCCCAUCAUCAAGAAUGCCAUCUCCCUCCCCAGGCUGGAUGUGGAUAUGCCUAAUGGGAGUCCCACCACCAAACUGCUCUUCCCCAGUUCUCAAAGCACGCCAGAGGAGAAGAAAAGCUCUUAUGGUCUGGAGUCUGGUUUCGUCACGCUGCCUCGUCUCUCCCGCUCUGAGCGUCAGCAGCCUUCCAUCUCCCUCCCCACUUCCUGCUCCCCUAACAUCCACCGCGGCUCUCUGACCGACCCUACUGACGCCAUCUUAUCCACCUGCUCCGCCUCCAUUGUGACCUCUGACCCCAAACCCACCACCACCGCUUACUCUGACUCCCUUCCCUCCCUCACCUCCCUGGACACCUUCACCUUUGACCUCGGCCCCUCCCUCAUGAGUGAGGUGUUCAGCCUGAUCGACGGCCACCCGGAGGAGCAUGGCCACGCCUGGGAGGGAGAGGAGGCGGGGUCAGCGUGCGGGCUGACCAAUGAGGGAUCAGAGAUGGACUCGGCUACUAUCUCAUAUGUGGAUUCCCUGCUAAGGGAGGACUGUGGGGGCAGGAAGAGCCCGCAUGGGGCCGAAUGGGAAGAGGAGGAGGGGAGCGCGAUGGAGGUGAACGGAGUUGGGCUUUCUGUUAAAGUACCUGAUGUGGUGAUGCGGUCUGCUGAACGAGUGAGGCUGGGGAUGGGGAUGGAGAGUGAGCGGUUCCAGAGUGCUACAGAUGUGCUCGCACGCCACUAUGGUGUCAGCCUCUUAAAGGGACAGAGCAGGAUGGAGGUUGCAGAUUCAGAGAUGAUGAUCAUCAGCCAGCCCAAGAAGAAUAUGUCCUACAGUUACAUGGACGACGAGGAUGAAAUCAAAGUCUGAACUGAGCAAAUCAGAGAGGUUUUGAUGAUUUUUCUGUAAUUCCUAUUGAGUCAAUCAUCUAAAAUCUUUUUAUGGUCAACGAGGCUGGCUCUUUUGACAGGAUUCCCAUUAAAACUACAAAGUGAAUCCAGUAUCCUUAAUAUUGGAUCCUUUACUUUUAUACAAUCAUGCUUCAAGGAUGUACAGUUUUGAUGCAAAACCUUUGCUGAAUGUAUCUAAAAGGAGUGAAAGACUUGAUGUCGUAUGCUUCCAAGCUCAGCACAGGAGGGGAGAAUAUUUUUUUCAAAAAGCCAUGACUCAAAAAGGACUGAAACAAGGAAGGUGUGGAAAGUGAGAAUGUGCUAGAAAAUGUGGUUAAGAUCAUCUCUAAGGAAACACCAACAUGACUCAAUGUAGAAGUUACAAAGCCUGUCAUUCACUUUAUACUUUAGACACUUCCUCACAUACGAGGGGAAAAGAUUCUCGGUGCGAGUCCCGGUCACUAAUGAGAACACAGAGAGGAAGUGGGGAUUGGAAAAAUAGUUGUAAUCUUAUUACAACCUUCUGGCAUCACUAUAAUCUCUUGUCAACCUUUCACUCAGGAAUACACUACCAGGAAACAAAAAGGGAAGGGAAAUAAGAGAUCUGGAAUCUCAGGCCCUUAUGAGUUAAAAACCGGAGAAAUGCAAACAUCUCAGUUAUUAAACUACAUGGACUGAGGGAACAUUACCGGUAUUACCGGUAUUUGCUAGUUGCAACUAAAGCCUGAACCAUAUAAUUGCUCAUUUUAUGCUGCAGACCUUCUAUAUAGAUACUCUGUGCACCUUUUAUGAAGUCCGACUCCUGUAUUGCUUUUAAUAGAAGAAUUGUCAUUUAUAUGUCCUUUUAUACAACUGUACAUGAAGAUAUCAACUGACCUCCUAUAAAUAUGUACUUACAGUAUGAGCACCUGCAGUACAUAGUGCAAUUCACAUCCAUAUGCUACAGUCAAUACCAAUGAUAUACUAUGAUGAUAUAAAUUGACAAUAAAGAUGUUUUUAGUUA